UUGAGAGAAUGAGAGAGAGACAGAGACAGAGCACGAGCAGGGGAGGAGCCGAGAGAGAGCGAGAUGCAGAAUCUGAAGCAGGCUCCAGGCUCUGAGCUGUCAGCACAGAGCCUGAUGUGUGGCUCAAACCCAUGAACUGUGAGACCAUGACCUGAGCUGAAGUUGGAUGCUUAACCGACUGAAGCACCCAGGUGCCCCUGAAUUAGUGUCUUUAAAAUGCCUGAUAUUUUCAUGGUCUGCCUUUCUCCCCUUUUCUCUUCAAGGUUUACCAAAAAAAAAAAGGUUUCAAAUGAAUCCCUGGAUUGUAUAACAUGACUAUCUUUUUGUAACUUCUGAAAAGUUUGUUAAUGCAGGAAUUAUUCUUGACAAAAGUAUUUUAAAAUAGAAAUCGUUACAAUGGCCUCAGCAGUACUUAGUUCUGUUCCCACGACUGCUUCUCGUUUUGCCCUAUUGCAAGUAGAUAGUGGCAGUGGUUCUGAUUCUGAGCCCGGAAAAGGCAAAGGUCGGAAUACUGGAAAGUCUCAAGCAAGCAAAUCAACUACAAAUGAGAAAAAGAGAGAAAAAAGAAGAAAAAAGAAGGAACAACAACAGAGUGAAGCAAAUGAGCUCAGGAAUCUUGCUUUUAAGAAAAUUCCCCAGAAAUCCUCCCAUGCCAUUUGUAAUGCUCACCACGAGCUUUCAUUACCAAACCCAGUACAGAAGGAUUCACGAGAAGAGAAUUGGCAAGAGUGGAGGCAAAGAGAUGAACAGCUGACAUCUGAAAUGUUUGAAGCAGAUCUUGAGAAGGCAUUAUUGCUAAGUAAAUUAGAAUAUGAAGAGCACAAAAAGGAGUAUGAAAAUGCUGAAAGUGCUUCAACUCAAUCAAAGGUUAUGAAUAAAAAAGAUAAAAGAAAGAAUCAUCAGGGAAAAGACAGGCCUCUUACAGUACCACUAAAAGAUUUUCAAUCUGAAGAUCACCUUAGUAAAAAGACUGAGGAAUUGAGUUCUCAGACUUUAUCACAUGAUGGAGGAUUCUUCAAUAGACUGGAAGAUGAUGUUCAUAAAAUUCUUAUUAGAGAAAAAAGAAGAGAACAGCUUACAGAAUAUAAUGGAACAGAUAAUUGCGCAGCUCAUGAACACAACCAGGAAGUAGUUCUGAAAGAUGGAAGAAUUGAAAGACUAAAGUUGGAACUUGAAAGGAAAGAUGCUGAAAUCCAGAAGCUGAAAAAUGUGAUCACUCAAUGGGAGGCAAAGUAUAAAGAAGUAAAGGCAAGAAAUGCACAGUUAUUGAAAAUGCUUCAGGAAGGUGAAAUGAAAGAUAAAGCAGAAAUACUGCUGCAAGUUGAUGAAUCACAAAGUAUCAAGAAUGAGCUAACUAUACAGGUGACUUCACUUCAUGCUGCAUUAGAACAAGAAAGAUCGAAAGUGAAAGUAUUACAAGCAGAACUAGCCAAAUACCAGGGUGGCAGAAAAGGGAAAAGAAACUCUGAAUCCGACCAAUGUAGGUGAUUGCAUUAGCCUUUGAGGUCAACACAAAAAUUAACACUUUCAGGGUUUUGCAAAAAUGUAUAUAUUUAAUGCUGUGCAACUGCUAAACUAUGCAGUUUUUGUUGAAGAAACUUAAAGUGAUUAGCUCACUAACAGUCUAUAAUUUUAUGUCCUUUUGGCUUAAAGUGAAAAGAAGAAAAAUAGAAUUCCAGCAGAAUUCACUGAUUAUUGUUUACUAUCCAUACUUCGUAUCACUUUAGUUUUUCAUCAGUCAAUAAAAUUAAUUUACUCUUCCACUAA